AGCCCCGAUUGCUCCUUCCCAGCCUGAUGCUGUUAUUUCAGAUGGCCUGGCAAUGUCGCUAUGACUAUCAUAAAAGAGGGGAUGCUGAUGAAGCAGACGAGCUCCUUCCAGCGCUGGAAGAGACGCUACUUCAAGCUGCGCGGACGGACGCUCUACUAUGCAAAAACUGCCAAGUCCAUUAUUUUCGAUGAGGUGGACCUGACAGAUGCCAGCGUGGCAGAAUCUAGCACUAAGAAUGUCAACAACAGCUUCACGAUUAUCACCCCAUGUCGGAAGCUCAUUCUUUGUGCUGAUAACAGGAAAGAGAUGGAGGAUUGGAUUGCAGCACUGAGGACUGUACAGAACCGCGAACACUUUGAGUCUACCCAGUACAGCAUGGACCAUUUCUCAGGGAUGCAUAACUGGUACGCCUGCUCGCACGCUCGGCCGACGUACUGCAACGUGUGUCGGGAGGCGUUGUCUGGAGUCACCUCGCACGGGCUCUCGUGUGAAGUGUGCAAGUUUAAAGCCCACAAGCGCUGUGCUGUGCGGGCAACCAAUAACUGCAAGUGGACAACUCUGGCCUCUAUCGGGAAGGAUAUCAUCGAGGAUGAAGAUGGGAUCUCGAUGCCCCAUCAGUGGCUGGAAGGAAACCUGCCCGUGAGCGCCAAGUGCACCGUGUGUGACAAAACCUGCGGCAGCGUCCUGCGCCUGCAGGACUGGCGCUGCCUCUGGUGCAAAGCCAUGGUACACACAACCUGUAAAGAGUUGUUGCCAACUAAGUGCCCUCUUGGGCUGUGUAAAGUGUCUGUUAUCCCUCCUACUGCUCUCAACAGCAUUGAUUCAGAUGGUUUCUGGAAAGCUACUUGUCCCCCCUCUUGCACAAGCCCUUUGUUGGUCUUCGUCAACUCAAAAAGUGGAGACAACCAGGGAGUAAAGUUUCUACGAAGAUUCAAACAGCUACUGAAUCCAGCCCAGGUCUUUGACCUCAUGAACGGAGGACCUCACCUUGGUUUACGCUUAUUCCAGAAGUUUGACACCUUCCGGAUUCUGGUUUGCGGCGGGGAUGGAAGCGUUGGCUGGGUUCUCUCCGAAAUUGAUAGCCUCAAUCUUCACAAGCAGUGCCAGCUGGGCGUGCUGCCCUUGGGAACAGGGAACGACCUAGCCCGGGUGUUAGGCUGGGGCUCUGCCUGCGAUGAUGAUACCCAGCUCCCCCAGAUCCUGGAGAAGCUGGAGAGAGCCAGUACCAAAAUGCUGGACAGGUGGAGCAUCAUGGUGUAUGAAACCAAACUCCCUCGCCAGGCCUCCACCUCUACAGUCACUGAAGAUUUCAGUGAGGAUUCAGAGGUGCAGAAGAUUCUCUUCUAUGAAGACUCUGUGGCUGCUCAUCUGUCCAAAAUUUUGACUUCUGACCAACACUCGGUGGUCAUCUCCUCAGCCAAGGUGCUUUGUGAGACAGUGAAGGAUUUUGUGGCUCGAGUAGGGAAGGCUUAUGAGAAAGCAACCGAAAGCUCAGAGGAAUCAGAGGUCAUGGCCAGGAAGUGCUCUGUCCUGAAGGAGAAGCUGGACUCCCUGUUGAAGACCCUGAACGAUGAAUCUCAAGCAUCUUCAUCUCUGCCAAACCCUCCUCCCACCAUUGCAGAGGAGACAGAGGAUGGCGACGGGUCAGGCAGUGCUUGUGAUUCUUCCAGCGACCGCUCUUUGGCCUCGUCGUGUCCUGCACGGCCCCAGAUAUUUCGCCCCCGGGAACAGCUCAUGUUGAGAGCCAACAGCCUGAAAAAAGCCAUCCGUCAAAUUAUAGAGCAUGCAGAAAAAGCUGUGGAUGAGCAGAACGCCCAGACCCAGGAGCAAGAGGGCUUCAUCCUCAGCCUCUCGGCCCCUGAAGAGGGUAAGGAGCUGCGGAACGAGGACAAACCCUCCCUGCAGCCAUCGCACAGCAGCAGCUACGGCGUGUGCAAAGGGAGGAGCCAGCGGAAAGUGGCCAAGUCUCCUUGCGAAAGGCUAAUAAACAAAGGAAGUUUGUCGCUGGGCAGCUCUGCCUCUCUUCCUCCCCAGACAGGAAACCGGGACAACUUGCCAAUGCUGAACACAAAGAUCCUCUACCCAAAUAUCCGUGCUGGCAUGUCUGGGUCUUUGCCUGGGAGUUCUGUCAUCAGCCGGUUACUGAUUCAUGCUGAUCCCUUUAACUCCGAGCCUGAAAAUCUUGAAUGUUACACAGAGAAAUGUGUCAUGAACAACUACUUUGGAAUUGGAUUGGAUGCAAAAAUCUCUUUGGACUUCAACAACAAACGUGACGAGCACCCAGAGAAAUGCAGAAGUCGUACUAAAAACAUGAUGUGGUACGGAGUAUUAGGGACAAAGGAGCUGCUGCACAGAACAUAUAAAAACCUGGAACAGAAAGUCCUGCUGGAGUGCGAUGGGAGACCGAUCCCUUUGCCCAGUCUCCAGGGAAUUGCUGUACUCAACAUUCCCAGCUACGCAGGAGGCACAAACUUCUGGGGGGGGACCAAAGAAGACGAU